AUGAUUGCAGCACUUCCGUUUUAACUUAUAAAACGCACAUGUAAAAGUCAUUACUUGUUUUCAGGCUGUUUUUUUUUUACAUUUUCAACAGAAUCAUGAAUGGAAGGAAGGACAAUUCGACAUAUGGGUCGUAUGCUCCAUAUUCAGAUCAAGACAUAAAUGUUCCAGUGACUGCAGGACAGGGUGCUGUGGUGUCACCAUACUUGAAUUUUAACCCAGCUUACAUACAGAAUCCUGAAUCUCAGUAUAUAUACCCAGAGGGAGCCACUGGUCACCGGGGAAUGUGGGAAAAGAGUUUCGCUAUCAUAGGUUACAGUGUAUUGACAGGAGGAUCUAUUGGGGCCAUAAAUGGUCUUUAUAAAUACAGAAAAGAAUUACUGUUAAGAGAAGCUGAAGGAGGACCAAAAAGACCCCAGUUAAAUGAAUAUUUCAAAGGAUCUUCAUAUAAGAUCUUAAGAAAGCAAGCAUUAACAGCUAUAUCUAAACAAAGUGCUUCUGGUGGACAGUCAUUUGGAAUUAUGGCUCUGUGGUAUACUCUGGCCCAUUUAGUCAUCAACAAAUCUACAGGAUCAGAUAGCAAGUGGCACUGUGUACCUGCAGGAUUAAUGGCUGGGAUGUUGUAUCAGUUACCAGAUCAGAUUCUGCAGAAAGAUGGUGCUUCAGGCUCUGUUGUUAAGAAAGAGAUACCAUUUAUAAAGAAGACUAUCACUUAUGCAAAAGUUCCUCCCAUUGUAAAAGGCAUGGGGAUUGGAUUAAUUCCUGCAAUGAUUGUGGCCACAGCUUCUGUGAUUGGAUUAGGAGACCUUAUUUCGUGAUUUUUUUGUGAUGAGUUGAUGCCUGAAAAACCAAAACAUUGUGAAAGUGUUAAAUUGUGUAGAAGUCCAUUAUCAUGAACAGGCAUAUAUACCAGUGCACUCAAAGAUCACUGAGUGGUAACAAAAGGAUUUUUCUUUAAGAAAUUCACCACAGAAUUUUGUUAUAUGUAAAAGAUACAUGUGUUGAUUGUGAUAACUGAUAGGUUUAAACAACUACAUCAUUGUAGUUAUUUAUGUACAUGUAAGAACAUAGACUGCAAAACUUUGUCAGAAGGCUUGGAACAUAUUUUAUCACAAAUGUGAACAAUUUAUUAUUGUACAUAGACUCUGAUGUGUAAAAGUGUACAUGCAAGUGUGUGUGAAUUGAAGUACAGUAGAUACAUGUCGAAUGUAUAUACUGCAUGGAGAGAAUGAUGGAGAUGUGUGUUAUAUAUGCACAAUAAUAAUAACUUAUCAUUCAUGUUAUUGUGUGAAUUUUUAUGUACUGUAUUUUGAUCAAGAAUUAGUACAUGUACAUUGCUAAACAUGGGUAAGCUGCAGAUCAAGUUUUAAAAUUGACAAAUAUUCUUUUUUUAGCUCACCUGAGCUGAAAGCUCAAGUGAGUUUUUCUGAUCACCCAUUGUCCGUAGUCUGUCUGUAAAUUUUUCAAAAUUUCAACUUCUUCUCAAGAACCACUGGGCCAAUUUUAAUCAAACUUGGUACAAAGCAUCCUUGGGUAAAGGGGAAUUUAAAUACUUAAAAUGAAGGGCCAAGCCCCCUUCCAAAGGGAGAUAAUCAAGAAAAGACAAAAAUAGGGUGGGGUCAUUAAAAAUCUUCUUCUCAAGAACUACUGGGCCAGAAAAGCUGAAACUCAUGUGGAAGCAUCCUGGGGUAGUGUAGACUCUAAAUUGUUCAAAUCAUGACCCUCGGGGGUAGGGCGGGGCCACAAUAGGAAAUCCAAGUUUUACAUUGAAAUAUGUUGGAAAAAAUCUUUAAAAAUCUUCUUCUCAAGAACCACUGGGCCAGAAAAGCUGAAACUCAUAUGGAAGCAUCCUGGGGUAGUGUAGAUUCUAAACUGUUCAAAUCAUGACCCCCUGGGGGUAGGGUGGGGCCACAAAAGGGAAUCUAAUUUUAACAUUGUAAAAUAUAGGAAAAAUCCUUAAAAAUCUUCCUCUCAAGAACCACUGCGCCAGAAAAGCUGAAACUUAAGUGGAAGCAUCCUGGGGUAGUGCAGAUUCUAAAUUAUUCAAAUCAUGACCCCAGGGGGGUAGGGCAGGGCCACAUUAGGUUUUACCAUGGGGUAAAUCAGGUGAAAAACAGCAGGGCCAAAGUUACUCAGGUGAACGUUGUGGCCCAUGGGCCUUUUGUUUUUUUUUCUGUGUGGCUUUUGGAUUACGUUUUAAAAAUUAAAGAUUUGGAUAAAUGGUAAUGAAAAACAAAAAACAAAAAAAAGCAUACUGCCCCAUUUACUUCUCAUGGCAAGAGAAUGAGAAUCUAAAAAAAACAUGUAAUUAUAUUACUCAAGUUUGAAAAUUGCAGGGUUUCAUUUUUUUUACGUAUAAUUAUAGAUCAACAAAGAAUAUGCUAUUGCAAGAAAAAAUAUCAAAUUUGCCACAUGGUUGGUAAUAUGAGUCCUGUUGUGAAGUUAGACAAGUAUUUCAUCUUGUUGAAGGAGGGCCGGUUUGCUAUGUUUCGAUUAUACAGAAAAAAAACUUUUUUUUUUAAAUGGGAAUAUAUAAAACAGUUUAGCACUAGCCAUCGGUCAGUUGGAAGAUUUUUGCAAAAAGUACAGUAGAAAAUGGUACAUGUAGCGAUAGGAAACUGGUCAACGUCUCAAAAUACUUUACAAGGAAUUAUCAUUAGACACCAGGUAUUUAUGAUAGGGCAUCAGGCAGGUGUCGUGUAAUUGUGUAUAAAUUGUAUUCCAAUCAGACCCUCGAUUUAAAGACACCAGACAGUCAUUUGUCUAUACAAUCUGUUUAUUUUAAUAAUCACCCCCCCCCCCCCCUUAGUAACCUCGAAAUAUGAGAAAGACCUACUGACCGCUCAGGUCCAAGUCUCUUUGCAAUCUCAAAGUACAUGUAGUCAUGAAUUCUUGGUUAUUUCUAAAUCUAGAAACCUUUGUAAGAACCACGCACGCUAACUCCCGAUUCCCGCCUAUAUUUUGCACCCAUUUAAUUCAAUAUAAAUGGCGGUUUGGCCAUUAAAACUUGAUUGAAUGCAAAGAAGAGUUAAAUCUAAUUAAAAUUAGACGUUCCGAAUCCGCCACCGCUUCUCAAAAUUUUGAAAAGCGGUGGCAGAUUCGGAACAUCUUAUUUUAAUUAGAUUGAGAAGAGUUCGUUAUUAAUUGAUUUAUAAUUUUAAGACCAGUGUCAAAAACUUUUAAAUUGCUCUUAUUUACGACUUAUUCAAAAGGGGGGUUGAAAAUUUUAUCCAUUGAAAUCAGGCUUUAAAAAUCCCUAGAUUUUCAAAAAUGCAUGGAUAUGGAUAAAUGACCCUUAAAUCUUUACGUAUGUUAAACUUAUGCAAAAUUCAAGAUAUUAAAAGAUUGAAAAAAGAC